AUGACUUUGUUCCGCCAUCCAUUUAAUCUUUUUUUUCUUUCUUUCUUUCUUUCUUUCUUUCUUUCUUUCUUUUUUUUUUCUUUCUUUUUUCUUUUUUCUUUCUUUCUUUCUUUUUUUCUUUCUUUCUUUCUUUUUUUCUUUCUUUCUUUCUUUUUUUCUUUCUUUCUUUCUUUUUUCUUUCUUUCUUUCUUUCUUUCUUUCUUUCUUUCUGCUAUGGCUUUGCACUUAAUUCUUUUAGUCUGUUUUCCUUCUUCUUCUUCUUCUUCUUCUUCUUCUUCUUCUUCUUCUUCUAGUCACCUCUCUCACACUUCUCUCCUUCCUUCUCUCUCUAAUCACUUCCUUUUUGUCUGUGGCCUUGCUUUUCUUCUUUUCGUUCUUCCUUGCUUUACUUUCCACGACCCAUCUCGCCAACUAAUUUCUCAUUUUUCUCCCAUUUCUUUCUUUCUUUCUUUCUUUCUUUCUUUCUUUCUUUCUUUUCUUUCUUUCUUUCUUUUUUCUUUCUUUCUUUCUUUCGUCUUUUCUUUCUUUCUGUUUUCUUUAUUUUUCGUUUCUUUUUUCUUUCUUUCUUUCUUUUCCUUCCUUUUUUCUUUCUUUCUUUCUUUCUUUCUUUCUUUCUGCUGUGGCCUUGCACUGUCUAAUUUUACUCUUUCUUUUUUCUUUCUUUCUUUCACUUUUUCUUUCUUUCUUUUCUUUUUCUUUAUUUCUUUCUUUUUUCUUUCUUUCUUUCUUUUUAUUCUCUCUUUCUUUCUUUUUAUUCUUUCUUUCUUUCUUUUUUCUGCUGUGGCCUUGCACCGUCUAAUUUUACUCUUCCUUUUUUUCUUUCUUUCUUUCGUCUUUUCUUUCUUUCUGUUUUCUUUCUUUCGCUUUUUCUUUCUUUCUUUUCUUUUUUAUUUCUUUCUUUUUUCUUUCUUUUUAUCCUUUCUUUUCUUUCUUUCUUUUUAUCCUUUCUUUCUUUCUUUCUGCUGUGGCCUUGCACUGUCUAAUUUUACUCUUUCUUUUUUCUUUCUUUCUUUCUUUCUUUCACUUUUUCUUUCUUUCUUUCUUUUCUUUUUCUUUAUUUCUUUCUUUUUUCUUUCUUUCUUUCUUUUUAUUCUCUCUUUCUUUCUUUUUAUUCUUUCUUUCUUUCUUUCUUUCUGCUGUGGCCUUGCACCGUCUAAUUUUACUCUUUCUUUUUUCUUUCUUUCUGUUUUCUUUCUUUCGCUUUUUUUUCUUUCUUUUCUUUUUUAUUUCUUUCUUUUUUCUUUCUUUUUAUCCUUUCUUUUCUUUCUUUCUUUUUAUCCUUUCUUUCUUUCUGCUGUGGCCUUGCACUAUAUCUUCUUCUCCUUCAAAUUCUUCUUCUUCAAAUUCUUCUUCUUUAAAUUCUUCUUCAAAUUCUUCUUUUUCUUUGAAUUCUUCUUAUUCUUCUUCAAAUCCUUUAAAUUCUUCUUCUUUGAAUUCUUCUAA